AUGACUCAGAUCGUCAAGGAAACAAACAGGUAUGCCGAUCAACACUUGGCGACCGCACCGAUCUCAAGGGGCUCCCGUGUGAAGGCGUGGAAACCGGUGACGGAAGCAGAAAUGAAAGUCUUCUUUGCCCUGCUGCUUUUACAGGGAAUAGUAGACAAGCCAAUUGUCGAGUGGUAUUGGUCAAAGCGCAGAGUGAUUGAAACCCCAGUGUUCGGAGAGGUGAUGAGUAAGAGCCGAUUUAUUCUGCUCAUGAAGUUUCUCCACUUUGCAAACAACGAAGAUGAUGCUGGUGAAGUGGGGCAAGCGCGUCAGAAACUUCGCAAGAUCUGGCCGGUGCAGUCGCUCAUGAAAGAGCGCUUCAAAGCAAGCUACAUGCCAGAAGAGAAUAUAUCCAUUGACGAGAGCCUCAUGCUCUACAAGGGACGACUCUCCUGGAAACAGUUCCUUCCGCUAAAACGGUCCCGCUUCGGCGUGAAGUUCUAUGUGCUGUGUGAAGCAGCAUGCGGCUACAUAUGGGACGUCGUCAUCUGCACAGGCAAGGGCACUGACGUCGACGAUCAGGCAAGCGCCAUGGGGACGAAAGUCGUCAUGAGACUAAUGGAGCCACUGCUGGACCAGGGCUAUUGCCUUACUGUGGAUAAUUUCUACACGUCGCCGGAGUUGGUUGAAAAACUUCUGAGCCGCAAGACUGACGUCUACGGCACUGUGCGACCGUCCCGCAGAGAUAUGCCACCUCUCAAAGAUGCUAAUCUCAAAAAGGGAGAUAUUGUGGCAUACCAGCGUGGAAAGUGCAUGGCACUCUAG